CCUGCUGGCGGUGUGACGUCACGCCUCCCCGGGCAGGAGGAGCGGCGGAAGAGGAAGAGAGGAGAGAAGAAGAGAGACGGUGGAGGUUUGUGCAGAGUUCCUGUCGCCGCUCGCUCUUCUCUGGUCAAAAUGUCCACCAUCCAGGUCCUGAGAGCUUUCGUCAGCCAGCGGCUGAGCGCGGCGGUGGAGGACAUUUUCGGUUUGCUGGAGACAACAAUAACAGAGUACGAAGAAGAGAUUGAGCGCCAACGCAGACUGCUGGAAGAUGUUGUUCAGCCGGAGAUCCGGAUCCACAAAGCGGAUUUACCUCCAGACGUCCGGCAGCUGAUCGUCAGCAAAGAAGAGGUGAACCAGGAAGCCGUGCACAUCAAAGAGGAAGAGGAGGAGGUCUGGACCAAUCAGGAGGCAGAGCAGCUUCAAGAUCUCACCAAGUUCCCGUUCACUGCUGUCCCUGUGAAGAGCGAGGAUGAUGAGGAGGAAGCUCCGCCCUCACAGCUUCAUCAGAGCCAAACCGAGGAGAGCAGAGAGGCGGAGCCUGUUCCGAGCACCUCAGUCAAACACAUCAAAACAGAAGAAGGUGAAGGUCAUCGCCAGCUGCUGUCUCUGUACUGCUCAGAAACCGAGACAGAGGACAGUAACGACGACUGGAAGGAGGCCGCCGAGCCUCAGGCGGCUCUGGACUCUUUGAAAAAAGACAUCGUCACUAAUCACGUGAGAUCUCGUGGCGGCGAGAGGCCGUUCAGCUGCACGGUUUGUGACAAAAGAUUCGGCUGCAAAGGAAACCUGCACGCGCACAUGAGGAGCCACACGGGGGAGAAACCCUUCAGCUGCUCCGUCUGCAACAAGUGCUUCAGCGCCAAAGUCAACCUGAAGACGCACAUGAGGAGCCACACCGGGGAGAAACCCUUCAGCUGCUCCGUCUGCGGGAAGAGCUUCAGCCAGAAGAAGACCCUGGUGACGCACGUGAGGAGCCACACCGGGGAGAGACCCUUCAGCUGCUCCUUCUGCAGCAAGAGCUUCAGUGAGAAGGGAACGCUGAAGAGACACAUCCGAGUCCACACGGGGGAGAAACCCUACAGCUGCAGCGUGUGCGGGAGGAACUUCAGCAUGCGCUCGCACGUCAAGAGCCACAAGUGCUCAGGUCAGAGCGGCAGGUGAAGGCGGCGCUCAGGUUUCGCCUCUCACCUGGAACUGAUGUCAUACUUGAGACUGAAAGAGACUGUGUACAUAACGCUCCACACGUCAGCUGGAUGCUGGCACUUUGUUUGACUGUAGUUUAGUUUGACUCAUCACGUCAGUAUCUAAAUAUAUUAUCUGUGAUAUCCAUAACAUCUUUUGGUGCAGUUUGAAAUGCUGAUCUCAGUGUUUUGUUGGACCACCGCUCAUUAGUUUAGAGCGGUGGUGUUCAACCUGGCAUUUGGGGACCCCCAGGGGUCCUCGAGGGUCUUGCAGGGGUCCUCAGUGAAAUGGGAGACGGACAGAAACUGGUGAAGAGAGUGUGAGCAGCAGAGCCGAGCCUCACCUACAGCACUUUGAAAUGCACCUGUUUGGGUCAGUCAGCAAAAACCCUGUAAAGAACAACAAAGCAAAUCUUAAUAAUGUGCAAAAAUUUGUUUGAAAAAUGUAAGGAAACAAUAUUCAUAACAAAAUGAUGCACUUAAAGAGCAGAUGAGUGAUGCUGGAUGCUCUUUCUGCUGGUUUCUGUCCGGAGCCCCAACAAGCAGCUCAGAGCUUCACUCCCUUUGGCUUUUUUCAAAUAUAUUUAUACAUUUGUGUGUGUUUUAUUCUAACUGUGGUUGUUUUUGCAGCUUCAUGGCCAAACUUGAGGACGGCAGCUCUUCAGACCGACCAAUCACCUGCACCCGCUGAGCGGCGGGGACAGGUGAUUGGCCGCAUUUUUUAAAUCAUCUUUAUCAUGAGUUUGACAUGAUGGUCGAUAUGAGAAGCAGUCAGGCUCCGCCUCUGCGGCUGAAAGCGAGUGGGUGGGGUCUAAUUUCUGAUGACAUGGUUCCAGUUUUCAGAGGAUUUGUCUUUAAUUUGACAAAAUUUUUCUUUCCGUUUCAGUGGAUUUGUGAUAUUGAUUAUUAGUCAUCAAAGACACUGAAAACUGAUAUUUCAUUUGUAGUAAAUUUGAGGAUCAGCAUCAAAAUGUACACAAACCAUGCUGAGUGGAAAAAUGUUUAUUUAACGUCAUGUAUUAGUAAAAAAUGCUAAUAUACUACUACUCAUGACAACAACAACAAUAAUAAUAAUAAUGGGGGGAAAAGCAGGAAAAUUACCAGAAAUUUUGAAAUUAAAAAAAAAAAAAAAAAAA